AUGUCAGAAGUGUCUCCAAACUGGCAAGCAGAGUCCCAUAUUCUGGCUGCACUGCUGGCUCAUAGCGCGUUGACAUCCAUAGGACAUUUCAUCUACCAAUGCAAGUCCACUAGGCCGUAUGUUUCUCGUCCGUCACGCACCAAGUUACUGGAGAAACCUGCUUUGCUCGCAAAACUCAAUGCAUCUGCGAAGACAGUAGCAGAAGUCCCAGAAGAGUUCAAGACGAAGAGUGGGACUGCAAACAAGAUCCUGGAGGCAAAGGAGAAGGAGAGAGAGAAAGAAGCUGGGCCUUCGAAAAAGAAAGCGAGACGAGUCAUCUCAGCGCCAGACUCGUUCGAAGCAGCUUCCUUGGAGCUAGUCGCCCACAUCGUCGCGUCUCUCGACGAUUGCAAGGACGACAAACGGGAAUACCGGCGAUCGAUCUUGCCUGCCUUGAAGGCACGUUCCCUUGUAUGCUGGGCGUCGAACGAUAUCUCUCGGCCUCGCAUCUUCCACACCUUUAGUAUAGAGCUGCGCAUGGCACGCGAUGAAACUGAGAUUCUCCCAGGGCUUUCUUUCCUACAUUUUACCGCCCCGCACCUCUUCAAAUAUAUAAUCGAUCUCGCUAUCAACUGGGCCAACGAUACUCCGGAUACACCAACAUGGAUUCCGGAUAAUCUCCAUCGAUUCGUGAACCCGCGUUCACUGUCCCUUACAAAUCUGUUGGUAGUAGGCCCAACGCUCCCAGUAUCGUUCGCAUCGGGGAUCAUGGGUUCAAUAGCCGAAGCUCCCCUUCAGAAAUUUGGUCUAGCAUGCUGA